AUGGUUGAUUCUUUACCAUUAUUUGAUCUUAUACUUACAAAAUCUCAAUUUCAAUCGAUAUCUAUUCAACAGAAUGAUAAUUUUACUGAACAUCUUGUUAAUGAACGAACAUUUCUAGCAUGGACACGAACUAGUCUUGUAACACCAUCAUCAUCAAUCAAUGAUUAUGUUAAACGUCGAUUAUCAAGACAUUUUAUAUCGAAAAAUAUUAAUUCUACUGAUGAUGAUAUUACUUUAUUAACAAAUCAUAUACGAACAUUUGAUACUUCAUCUAGUUAUAAUACAAUGAAACAUUUUUCAACUUUAACAAAAACACAAAUUAAAGUUAUUAUAACUGUUGUUAUUAUUAUUAGUUUCAUCAUAUUUAUUAUUGCUAUAUUUCGAUUUAAGUAA